AUGGCUAAACGACGCAACUCCUCACCCGAGGCGCCCGUGGCGAAGCGCACACGAGAGGAACCCGCGCCCGAACCCACAAAGGACGCACAAGUCGAACCACAAUGCCUCCCACUCCCGACCGAAAUCUUCCACAUGAUAUGCUCUGAGCUCGGCACCCAUGGAGUCGCUAGCUUCCGGCUCGCCUGCAAAGCAUUCUGCGUGAUCGGGAAAGAGCAUUUGGUGGAAGAGCUGUGCUUCUUCCUACAUCGGCGGAGUAUCAUGAAAGUCGUGGCAAUCGCCAAUCAUCCAUACUGGGCAAGGCACGUCAAGACGCUCGUGUUCGAGAACGUGGAGCCGAAAGACUGGUCGAAGAUGAGGAAAGAGUCCGACCUGAUCAACGAGCGCGUCGACAAGAAGGCCUAUAGCAGGUACGACUCCUUUCUCUGGCAGAACCUGAAUAACAGCGGAUAUUUCGAGGAUCGUCCUGGAUCCUUGCAUUCGCAGAUUAUACCCAUUUUGGGUAAAUUCACGAACCUGAAGGCCAUUACUUGCCACCAUGGAUUCAAAGAUCCGCGGCCUUCUGGUCCGGAUGUGAACACGCCCCUCAAGAUUCUUUUUGACCGUUACACCGCGAAGCAACUGGAGCUGCCUUUCUGGAAGGUUCGAGGAUCGGGUCGAAUCUGGGCUCCCGCGAGACUUCCUGACAAUUGGAACUUCCUCCGCGGGGCGAACAGGACACUUGCCCAAUUCCAUAGGAUAGCACAAGCGGCAUUCGGAACCCGUUCGCUAGCCCACUUGGACACUGUCAACAUCCAGUCGCAUCACUCCGCUGUCUUGCACUGGCAACGGCCCGAGCCAGGGGACUACUUGCUGGAUAACGACGGCCUCAAGCAUCUGACCAUCCAAUACCACCCUCAUCACUUCAAUGGUGCCAUUUGGCAGGUGGCUCCAGGAAGUCUGUGUAGAGACCUUGAGUAUCUUUCGAAACCGGAGCAGAGACUGGUAUUCGAGCCCUCGCAAGGGGACCAUGUCCUAGCCGGAGGCACCAGCAAUCUCAGGUCCUUGACUCUAGCGAGCCGUCUAGACAAUCCCUCGAAGUGGCUGGCAGCCGAUCUAUUCAGCAAUGGAGGAAGCGUGUAUUUACCAAGGUGGCCUCAUCUGGAAGAAGUGCGCUUCGUCAACUGUGUCUUCAAGAACGAGGACACUGUCGACUGGCUGGUGCAACAGCGCAUCCGGGUGACGAUGAAGAACGUGUUCCUAUCCGAGGAGAAUGCCAUAAAGCUCUUCGACGCGUCCUCCCUGAAAUCCCUUGAAGUAUCCGGCCUAGUGAUCAUACGAGGGAACAAACAAGAUCGUCUUUGGAUCGUUGCGGACGAGCACAACGCUCCGGCCUUCGCCCGGCGCUUCCGACCGUACGUGGUUCCGAUGGACAAGAGCAUUUCGUGGUUCGUUCAUCCGGACAAUUUGGAGCAGUGCCGGCUCCAAGGGAAAGAAGCGAAGACCGUGCUCACCGAGGACAAUGCCUGGGCGGUUGCAUCCAUCGAGCAUUCCACGUGA